AUUACAAAAUGGCAGCGCUGAAGAGGCGUUUCUCGCAUUAUCUGACGCUUGCGUUCUUUCGAAAAUGACCCUUCGUUUUGUAAACCGCGUCAGUGUCUUCUUGUCUGCGCAGAUGUGUAGCUUAGCUUUGAGCGUCGGGUGUUAGAGAACUGUCGCCUGACGCAAUGGAGCCUUCAUCACGCACAGCCUGUUUCGUAGUGUUCCUUGCAACUUCGCUCUUCGUCAAAGGGACCCUCGCGACGGAGCUUCUAUUCCGCACGCCUCGGCUGACAGAGUCUGUGUCUGCGCCGUCCGUGCACCCUGACGACAUUACGGACGACCGGCCUUGGGAGAACUGCACGAACCUGUUGCAAAACAUUGCCGAAGUGACGGCGCUGUUUGAGCUGUGCGCGCUCAUGAAUGCCAAACCGUUCACGAUGUGUAUGAACUGUGCCGGGAUGUACGGGAACGGCAUCGGGAUCUUCUACCAGCUUACCACUAACACUACAGAUCCCGCCACACGGCUAUGCCAGCACCAGUUUUUCUCUUCCACGAAAGUGUCCAUCGUUGACAAAACCUUUAAACACAUUCAGGACCUUUGGAAAAGUGCGUCAUGCGAUGGUUGUUUUCAGAAUCCCGUGGUAGGCCAAGGCAACCAUACCGUACGAAACGAGACGUUGAUGUUCAAUGAAAAGCUCGAUGCUAUGAACAAAUGCAUUAACCAGUCUGAAGCGCUAUCCCAAAACAUGACUGACUUGUGCGUGACCUGUGAACAGCCAUACAGGGAUCUCAACAACUUUUACAACGGCCUUGUCCAGAAGAGCAAAGAUGGCAACAUCUGUUUUGACAUGGUUGACGCUAUGAACGCAACUCGAUUCCUAUGGAGUUCCCACCUCUGCUCGGUGCACCACUACCAGAACACACCAUCGUUUGUCGUGGCUGGAGUUGUGGGACUCCUGGUGGUCCUCUUUUAUGCUGGUGCUGGCACCCUCAUCACUCCACUGAACACCGAACUAGUCCAACCUAAACGUCUUCUAAGGCGACGAUCACGUUACGGCUCUGCAUCGCCUGGCAACUGCUCCCCACGAGCCGUGCGAUCGUGAUGCACAUUUUUGCAGUCUUCGCAAUCGUUGGGUUGUCCCCGUUAUUUACCCUCGGUGAAAUGUUAUGCUCAGUUAUUGAGCUUGUAUUUAUUGCUUCAAUUUGCUUGAUUUAUAAAUGUGCAUCCGCUUCAAGCAGGAUGAGAAUUUUUAGUUGGAACAUACAUAUACACUAAAAAACACCCAGUGUGUUUACAGCACAUGAAUUUUCUACUAGUUUUUAAUGUGCUUGUUUUAUAGUUGCUUCUACGCACAUGUUGAAUGAUGGAUGUUUGAAAUCUAAUAAAUGUAUUGAAAAUGUUGGA